AUGGCGGUCGAUGCACCCGUAUCCUCCUCUUCCCACGGUAGCAUCUACUCCGCCGCUUCCGUGGACGAAAUACGCGCCGCUCUCCAAGAUCUCUCCCACCGAGAAGCAUGCGUCACCUCCCGUCUGGACAAUCUACUGGCCUCACAAAAGGAUCUCUCCCGUCAAUUGAACCGUCUAGACCUCGCCCGCACUCAACUUGGCUCAUCAGUAAUCGCCACUCGUACCAUCAGCAAUGGCAUGCUCGAUACCGCCGCCUCCACCGCCAGCCGCAUCUCAAACGCCGUCAAGAAACUCGAUCAGGAGCAACUGGCCGUCAAAUCCACCUUAGAAGUCGUUGAGCAGGUCGCCGAUCUGAAGUCAUGUGUUCUCGGCGUGCACGGUUCUAUGGGUGCUCCUCAAGAUUGGGAGACGGCUGCCACGUAUCUUCAUCGAGCCAGCCAAAUUCCAGACUCGGUCAUCGACGGUGCGUUUGCUGAGGAAAUUGUGCCCACUGCUGAAGUGCCCGAUCCUCCACGGCAGACUCUGAACAGCGCUGCCGAGAGUCUUUGUGGAUUGUUCCUGAGAGAAUUCGAAAAGGCCGCUCGAGAAGGCGAUGGCUCCAAAGUCACCCGCUUCUUCAAGCUCUUCCCUCUGAUUGGCCGCCGUGAUGUCGGACUGGAUGCAUACGGAAGAUAUGUAUGUGGUGGCAUCGCCUCCCGCGCUCGAAGCAACAUGUCCUCGACUCAACCAAAAGAUGGCAUGUUCUACGCGGGUGCUUUGACCAAGCUCUUCGAGCAUAUCGCUCAGAUUGUCGAUGGUCACGAACCACUGGUCGAACGUCACUACGGUCCUGGCAGUAUGGUUAAGGUCAUCGAGAGAAUUCAAGUUGAAGCUGAUGCUCAAGGUGGUCUCAUCUUGGACACCUGGGCCGAAGAGAGAAGAGUCAGUCGCAAGUUGACAGAUGUCAAGAGUUAUCCUUUCAACUUCCUGGUCUCAAGCUUCCUGCCCACGCAAAAGCCAAGCUCACAUCUCCGCACUGGCUCACCGGCUCCUGGAAGUGGUCGUGCAAGCGAAGACGAAAGUGUGGACAUGAAGGAAGUUGAUGCACUACUCAACGAAAGUGCAGUCAUGCUCGGACGCUGGUCUCUAUACACUCGCUUCCUAGCCAGCAAGACUGCGCCAACUCAAGAAGACGACGCCAAACUACAUCUGCCGGCCUUCAUCCUCCACAGCACAUUACAAAAGCGAAUCAAUGAUCUCCUCAUCGAACCGUUCAACCUCAUGACCACCUUCUUCUUCCGACGAUCAGUCGAGAAGUCGUUUCAACAAGAUGAAAGUCCAGCAGGAGACCUCACCCUCAGUCCGAACAAGCCAUUGAAUUCCAACCCACCCUUCAUCACCUCCGCAGUGGACGACGUCAUGUACAUCGUGAAUCAGGUCCUCCAAAGAACCCUCUCAACAUCCCAGCGUCCGAUCGUCUCGAAUGUCCUCCCCUCCAUCGCACGAGUCCUAGGCUCCGAUUUCUUCGGCAUGAUCCAACGCAAAAUGCGCGACGAAAGCUACCCCAAAGCCGUCAUCCAAGGCGCCCUCCCACCAGAAACCCUCAUCCUUCAAUUCCUCGUCCUCAUCAACAACCUCGACGUCUCCACCGACUACGUCCACCGCAUCGUCACACAGUGCCUCGGCGACAACACGUCCACCUCCCUCUCCGACUCCUUCCCCUUCGGCAACGAAUUCACUCAAGUCCAAAAGUCCCUCCAAACCCUCUCCCAAUCUUUCGCCGCCAAAACUUCCGACCUCAUCACCGAAGCGCUCGAAGUCCUCCAAAAACAAGUCAUGCGUCCUCGUCUCCGCCCGGUCCUCGUGGACACGUUUCGAGAUGUAGACUACAACCUCUCCUCCUCGGACAUCAACCCUCGCGACGACACCGACGACCCCCCACAAGACGACCUCGUCCUCCAACGCUUCUCCCGCGGCUGGGCAUCCUUCACCCUCCCCGUCAAACGCAUCCUCACCCCCAACCUCUACGACCGCCUCAUGACCGGCGUACUAGCCUACCUCGCCGACCGACUGGAAAAGAGAAUGCUCUCCCUCCACGGCCGGGUCUCGGAAUUAGGAGCCGUGAGGUUGGAGAGGGAUAUUGCGGGUAUUGUGAAUGUCGCGGUUAAGGGUGCGAAGUGGGAGGUUCGGGAUGUGUUUUCGAGGUGUUUGCAGAUGGGGAUGGUGAUGAGUAUGGAGGCGGAGGAGUGGGAGGAGGUUGGGAAGGUGGGGGAUGAGAAGGUGGAGAGGGAGGUGGGGGUUAAGUGGGUGUUGACGGGGGAGGAGAGGAGGAAGGUUAGGGGGAUUGUGGGGGGCAGGGAGGGCUGA